AUACCCAGUCCUCAUAAGUCCCGUUUUCCACUCCCACAUCGCUGGUCCGUGUUCUGAAAGGGGCCACCUCGCUGCCAUGUUCUGGUCGAGAAUCCAUUCUUCUUGGUUUCCAAGCCAAGAAAUGGAAAUCAAUGGCACUUUUCAGUUUCACGUGGCUGUUACUUCCAUUCGAGUCUAUCACUUCUCCUCAACUAUACAUAUUGCCUCCUUCGUUAUUCAUUGGCAUUACGUUUAUUGACACAGAAGGUGGCUCCAUAUUUCAUUUUCCCAGGAAAAUAGAGCUCAAAAGUGAGUUCCCUCUUAUAGCCAUCUAUGCUUAUUCGGUUAUAAGAUCCAAAAGUGAGUAUUUUGCAUUGAAUCCAAUUGUGAAGGUGAGGGCACAGGAUGAUCAGUUUUCACCCAGAAAUGAUACUGGAUUGUUGCUGUUUUUGAGGACUAUUGACACUCUAUCCAUGCAAGCUGAGGACCAUCAGAGCCAUUCCCCAUCACCUGUUGACAGAAUCACAAAGGUUCAUGUCCCAAACAUACGAACACAAUCGAGUCCUAUGUCCCAAGGGACAAUGAAGAACAAUUUCAAACAUGUCAGUACAAAUAGCAAAUCAAAUGUUAGAGCUAAUUCAGUUCUGCGGCCACGAGCGGUCCUAUCUAGUCCAGAUAAUGAUGGGAUGAUUGGAAGCAUAAACAAACUAAUGGAAGAUCGAUCUUUGGAUCAUAGCAAGAAAGAGAGGAUGGCAUUGCCAGCCCAAAUCAAGACUGUGCAUAAUCAGGUUAAGGCAGCAGUGCCUCUGAACACAAGAAAAGGCUCCAAAGAGGUUUCAGACAGAAAGAGUGGUAUAAAGCAAAGGAAAUCAGGUCCUGAACCUGUAACACAAAAACAGAAGCCACGUGUCGGAGAAGGAAAAUCGAGCCUCCAUGCAGUAUAAAUCUCGAACCUAUUCGAUUGAAUUGUGCUUUUACUUGGCGUUAUUCUGCAGUUUCAGCUAUAUAUCCCAAAUGCCUUUUGUUCUCUUCUCUUGAUGUUUGGUUUUCAACUUCUCUUGUGCAAUGUACAUGACUGAUCUUGGGGAAUGUACCGCGUACUGAUAAACUUGCCUUCGAA